AAAAGAAAAAAAAGAAAAGAAGAAUACAAAAAAAACAGAAAUAAAGCCGAAGAAAAUGAGACGUCAUACUCGCCGCGCCGCCUACUCUGACUCUGACUCUGAGUACUCCGAGUCAGAUCUCUCCAUGGAGUUACCCUCCCCCAACCGGCACGCCCAUUAUCGCAGACGAUCUGUCUCCCGCCAUCGCUUCCACAGCCCGGAGCACAAAACCACCAGCUUUCUGGCCCCCAUCCAGCAAGAUGUCCACCUCCACCGGUCGGCCUCGACGGGCACCCGUCGGCGACAUGAUCGGGCCUCGCCGGUAAAUGUCACCGUCGACAUCAAGAACGAUUCCCGCAACCGGAGCAACCUCAAGGGCACGAACAAAGCCCGCAAGGAAACCCAGGAGUACGUGAAUCCCUACGAGUCUGACGAAGACGAGGCCGUGCUUCGCAACCACCAUCGGCGGCGGCACCACGGCGCCAACAUCUCCCGCGAAGCCUCCCCGCGGCAGCCGGCGCGCGACUUUGACCUCGUCAUCGAGCAGCGUAUGCUGGAGCACAACGAUGCCCGGCAGGACCUCGAGCUGCUCCGGCAACAGCAGGAAAUUCAGCGUCUGGAGCGCGAGCUCGCUCGGCACCGUGAACAGCGCGACCCGCACCAGGAGACCCGUCUCCUGAAGGAGGAAGAGGACUGGUACGAGGACGAGAUCAGCGAUCGGCUGCGGCGGCUCGAGAAGUUCGAGAAGAAGCAGCGUAUGGAGGAGGAGCAGCGACACGUGGAGCACCGGUACAAACUACGCAAGUACGAGGAAGAGCAGCGACGGGCUGCGGAGGAAGAAGAGGUCCGUGUCAAAAUGCGGGAGGAAAAGCUCCGGGAUCUCCAGCGCAAGAUGGAAGAAGAGGAGGAGCGCGAGCGGAUUAAGAAAGAGAUCCGCGACGAGGAGGCGAGACAGCUGCUGGAGGAGCAAGAGAAGCAGCGCAAAGAGGCGGCCAUGAAGCAGGCUGUCAUCGAAGAGUACCAGCUGACUGAGGAGCGCCGUAAGAACGCCAUGCGCGAUAUGCAGAAGCAGCAGGACGAGGCCUUCAAGCAACGACUGCGGGUGGAGUAUGGCUUGUCGGAAGAGAAGAUCGAGGAGCUCCUCAAGCAGAAGAACAAGGACGAGAAGAAGAGCAAAGAGAAGGGCAAAGACAAGGACAAGGACAAGGAUGACAAGGAUGACGACAAGGAGAAGAAAGGCAAGGGGAAGCAGAUUGAACACCAGCGUCCUACUUGGAUCAAGGUCCACCGCGAUCAUCUCCUUCCAGAAACCUUAAUAUCCUACAAUUUGCCCUGGGACUUUGACGAUCUCGACGGCAACUACCUCAUCAUCAAAGAAUACAUCCCCGAAGACCUCCAGGACGAACUAUUCGCACACACCAAGCGUAUCCGCCAGGGUCGCCUCGUCUCCCAGACCUCGAGCUCCCAGACCGAGCUCAGGGUGAACGACAGAAGAAAGGACAAGAUGUACCUCGUGCGGAAGAAGAGCCCUAACCGGCGGGCGUGGAUUUUCACUUGA